GCGUCGAAGAAGAAGGACGUGCGCCUGACGAUCACGCUGGAGUGCACGGAGCAGAAGGAGUCCGGGGUCGCGGGGAUGUCUCGUUACAUGACUCAGAAGAACCGACGGAACACGUCCGGGCGCCUGGAGCUCAUGAAGUACAACCCGUACCUCCGCAAACACACGCUGCACCGCGAGCUGAAGAAGUAA